UUGUCACUAUGGCAACGACAAUGUUUGAUAGUUUGGGGGUCCCUCGCCAAACGACGAGAAAUGCUUCAGACACGAAGACACCGCGGCUGUUUUAUCUGAGCAAACACAUGCGAGACAUUCUCUGUGAGUUAAGAUGGAGGUGGCCCUGUCUGCGUCUCCGAUCCACUCCGAGCCUCUCCGGAGGCGGACUCCUCUGCCUCUGAACCAGCUGGUGGAGGAGAGCAGGAGCAGAGGCAACAUUCCCAAUCAUCUGCUGGAGUCGAAAAUCUACGUCAAACUAAACUGCAACCGCCUGAUCCAAGCAGAGCCCCCAGAGCUUCACUUCAGUGGGUUUGAGCUGGAGAAAGAUUACAUAAGGAUCCUGAAACUAAUCAACGUCUCAUCUGAAGUCAUGAAUAUUCAUAUCAUCCCCACCCAGACCAAGCACUUCCAGACAUCUUAUACAAAAAAGUAUCGACUCAUCCCGGGCCUCGCCUACACACUGAAGGUCAAGUUCUGUCCCGACGAGUGGCGUUACUUCUAUGACUGCGUUCGGGUUCACUGCCAGGGGGAAGAGAACCUGUUAAUUCCAGUUCAUGCUUACCCUGUCACCGAUGACCUGCACAUCCCUCCUCGUAUCGACCUAUCGGCCGUACCACUUGGACAAAGCGUUUGCCAUGCUAUUCCUCUGAGAUGCAGCUGCCCCAUCGACUUUGAGUUCCAGGUGUACGUCAUUCAGCCCCAUGAGGCCUUUUCCAUCCAUCCUCUCACAGGUGUUAUACCAGCCAAUGGUGAAGUGAAGAUCACCGUGACCUUUACUCCUUUCCAAUAUGAGACUUCUCAGGUCACCAUCCAGCUGAUCAUCUCGCAGUUUAACACCAGGCCGUACCUCUGUACCAUCACCGGGAGCUCCGCCCCUCACCUAACCCUCGGUCAGCCUGGAGGAAAGCCGGGUCAUGGAGAAGCAGCGCCUACAGCACAAAGAAAACCUUCACCUGCAACCCACACGCCUCCGCGAAGCAAGGCCAAAUACAGGUCAACCAAGGAGGCUGACAAAUCCAAGGUGACAUUGAGAGAUCAGGCUGCUGUUCAGUCUGGACUGAAGCCUCCUGUAGAUGUCUGUACCCCAGCAGGGGUGGCCAAGUUGUUGAUGAAAGACGCCAAUAAACUGUGCUCUAAAGACCUGAGGGAAGCAUUGUCAUGUGGCAGCAUGGUUGGUCUGCGAAACAGGCAGAUGAAGGAGGCCCUCUUCAUGAAAAAGGUUCAACAAAAUGUCAAGGAGGAGCAAGGCAACCACGUCAAGUGGCAAGUUCAUCUGGGUAAGGACCCCGUGUCAGAGCGCACCAGGAGGCAGGUAGCAGAGGAGAGGGAGAUUGCACUACAUGAAUACACGGUAAAAUGGGGAGAUGUAAGGCAGCAUCAAGACUUUGCUGCUGGACAACCCAAACUUUCCUCCAGACGAAUGCUUUGUGAAGCAGGACAGGCCUGCGAGGAAGCCCCAUCCUUCCAGUUUCACUCCAGUUUUCAUUGGGAGCUGAGACAAAGAGCCCUCACACUGUUCCAGCAGGCAGCACGCAAGGUAGUGAUCCGAUGUCGCAUGAACCGGAGACUGACCUGUUUGAAGAACCUGGCAGACAGUAUGAAGAACCCGCCCUCGGCAAAGAGAGCGAAAGAGGAGACGCCUUGCGAUCUGAAGAUCCAUCCAGACAGAGUCUUUCCUUUUGCUUUCCCCGUGUCCUGCGAUCAAGAGGCCCCGCCGGCUUCCUGUGAUGAGGUGACCGUGACUGUGACAACACGUAUUCCUUCCUUCAAGCUUCAAGUUCCUCAGCACGAUAAGCUGAUGGGUUACCUGCCUGUGUCAGCCUGGGAGGCAGCUAACUCUUAUAUCCCACCUACUUUGGCCAGACCACUUCGUCCUGGAGCUCCGGACGAGCUGGUGCCCAGCGAGGUCGGAGCCCGUUCUCCCACAAGAGUGGAGCUUAAAGCGUUGGAGGAACAGCAGCACAGAAGUGAAGAGGAGGCAGCCAGACUCACCUUCAGAGCGCCUGAAGCUCUCCUCAAACCUUUUCCAGCAAACCCACUCAGAAUCUUUAACCCAGCUCCUGACCUGCAUGCCUACAAACCGACCCCUAAAUACCUGGAGACUGACCUGGAGCUCCACCUCUGCCCUCUGCCCAGGUAUACAAUCCCUGACAGCAGCAUGUGUGCCACGACGACACACACUGAGAAGAAGUGCCUCAGCCACACGGAGGUGAUCACAGGGGUCAUGACAUGGAAGAAUUUCAUUACCUCCAAGUGUUGGGCCAGCCAACCUGCUAUUACCAGUGACUGUGCCAUGCGCAGGUCCGUGGACUACAGCACAGACACACUUCCACUCACAGCACCUCCUCCUCUCGGCGGCCCUCCUGAUGAUCUGGCACCACUAAUGGAAAAACUGUGUGAAAGCUCUGGAGUCCAGCUGACACCAGAGAUGAUAAGAGCACAGUUCUUGUCGGGGGAUGCUCUGGUCUCCAAUAGCAACCUCAGCAGAGGGGCGACAGCCAGGCAGCAGAAGGAGCUUCAGAUGGAGGCGAGCUACAGGUCUGAGAUCAACUCACCAGAAGAAGACUAUGAAUAGGCCACACACACACACGCACACACACUUCCAGAAACACACGAAACCCUCCAAAUAGGCACUUUUCACAUUAACACAAUCGCAGGACUACAAAUAAACCGCAUACCCGUCCUACUCUACAUUGUCUGCCCUUCCACUUCUGCCAAAUAAAAACCCGGUUACUUUCUCGCUCGCUCACCGGUAAGCCUCCCUCCCCUCCCACCCACUCAAAAUUACCAGUAAGCUCCCCUCCUGUGCACUUACAAAGCCUGGAUAUUCGUUAUCCCUCCACCCACACACACAGAUCCACACAUAACGGCUACAGAAACAACAUUCCUGACUGCAUUCGGUAAAAAAUGAUAAUUCUGCAUUCUUACGCUGUAGUUUCUGAUGUCUUGGAGGCAAAAUGGGACUGUGACGUCAGUCAGUAACACACAUUUAUUAUAAAUAAAACUAAUGUUGCAAA